ACUUGGAAUAAUUUUACCUGUUUUAGAUAGGAUAGAUAGUACCACUAAGCAUAUUCUUCCGAUUCCUGUUGGGUAUAAACAAACGGGGGGUCGAUGGUUUCGUGAAUAUAAAUCUGUUUUAUCUGCUUCAGGAAUACCCGCUGCAGUAGAGAAGAAGGAAAAAAUGUUUUCUAAUCUAUAUUAUGAUUUCAACAAAGAUAUGUAUAGAAAAAGAUUCUAUUAUGCAAAUAUAUAA